CUUCUUCCCUCCUCUCUUCUGCCCUCUUCCACCUUCCAUCCUGAUCGCCAGAUCGAGGCCUAUGGGCAGAGAACAUUCUCAGCAUGAUAAGCCAUGGGAACCAAUUGUGAGGUCCAAGCGUCGUGGAUUCGGUAAUAGGGUUGUCGUUGCCCUUGCGAUCAAGACUCUCUGACGGGUGUGCCCCCUCCUUCGCGCACCCUCCAGCACGUCGCAAAGCCAGAGAAUGGCCGGUAAUCCUGACCUGCGCCGGCAGGUUGGGUCGCCUCGGCCCAAGGGACGCGACAAAGAUACACUCUGCAGGAACAUUCUGAUCUAUGGCAAAUGCCGUUACGAGAACGCGGGCUGCAACUUCAAUCACGAACCCCCUAACAACAACUUCAACCCCGCCCAGAACCACGCCGCCGGCAGCAGCGGCAGCAUCUUCGACAUGAAGAAGACCUUGAACGGAGACUCCCCCUCCUUUACCCCCUCGAACCUCGCCGCCGCAGUCCAGGCCCAGCCGGCCCCCAAAAAGUCGACACUCCCCUCGCAGGCCGCAAGCGCCGCUGUCUUCACCCCCAGGGGCGCUGGCUCUGCAACACCUGCUCCUUCCGAGCCCGAGCGUGACCGUGAACGCGAGCGCGUCUUCAACCCCGCCUCCAUUAAGGAGUUCACCCCCCAGAACAACAACAACAGCUUUGACCUUGGCGGCAGCACCAAUAAUACCACCACUACUGCUACUGCUACUGCGACACCGACGCCCGAACCCAACAACCUGCAGUCCUAUGACCCUUUCCAGGCGUCUGUGUCCACCGCGCAGUACAAUCCAUAUGCGAAUGACCACACAGGUGGGAUCGCUGGUCCCUCGACCACCACCGCCGCCUCCUAUUAUCAGGGCCAAGGCGCAUACCCUACACCGCUGCAACCACCUCCCUACCACCUGUAUGCCAAUAUCGGCCCUUAUCGUGAGGAUCUGCUGCCCUACCAGAGACAGACACGCGACUUCUUCAUGCCAGAGGACCUGAGAGAGGAGCUGCAGAAGAAAGCGCACGCUGCUCUCCAGGUGAUCCCUAGUAGCAUUCAGCUCGAGGGCUACCACUCUCUUGUGCCUCUGGACAAGGUCGACACGCCCCAGCGCAAGAGCACAACUAUCUUUGGCUGGACGAGCUGGCUGUUCAAGUCCUUCUCGGCCAAGACGGGCAGGAUCUAUUGCCUGCGCAGGCUGCAAGACUUCCGCCUCGGCGACCGUGAGGCCACGCAGGCCAUUGAGACCAUCAAGAAAUGGAAGCAGAUCAACAACGGCAGUGUCGUCUUCGUGCAUGACGCUUUUACCACCUCGGCAUUUGGCGACAGAUCUCUCGUCUUCGCCCUGGACUAUUUCCCCCUUGCGCAGACACUCGUCGAGGCGCAUCUCACGCAGCCCCCCAAGGACCACCGAUAUCGCGGCCCGGCCACCGUCCCUAAGAUUCCCGAAAGUGUCAUCUGGACCUACGUGGCGCAGAUCGCCAGCGCGCUCAAGGCCAUUCACGCCAAGGAUCUUGCCGCCCGGUGUCUUGAUCCCAGUAAGAUCAUCGUCACCGAGAAGAACAGGAUCCGGUUGACAGCCUGCGCCAUCCUCGACGUCGUGCAGUACCAAGCCCAUAGGUCGGUCAAAGAGCUACAGCAGGAGGACUUUGUCCAGUUGGGCCGGCUGAUCCUUUGUCUCGCCAACACCAAGUUGCCCAGUCAGCUUGUGGACCUCGAGGCGGAGAUGGCUACGGUGGCUCGAAGGUACCAGUCUGGCCCUAAGGGGGAGUCGGCGCUGCACGAUCUGGUGCAGUGGCUCCUCAGUACACCCAAUGUUAAGAGCGCCGAGCAGCUCAUUACGGGCAUGCCAAACCAGAUGGUCGAGUGCCUGGACAGGAACCUGCAGCACACCGACAUGCUCACCAACGAGCUGCAGCGCGAGCUCGAGAACGGCCGCGUCGUCCGCCUGCUGAUGAAGCUGGGCACGAUCAACGAGCGCCUGGAAUACGACGGUGACCCGUCUUGGUCCGAGAACGGCGAGCGGUACACGCUCAAGCUGUUUCGCGACUACGUCUUUCAUCGCGUCGACGAGCAUGCCCGCCCUGUCUUUGACGUCGGCCACAUGCUCUCAUGCCUCAACAAGCUGGACGCGGGCUCGGCGGAGCGCAUCCGCCUGACGAGCAGGAAUAACGAGACUGAUUUUAUUAUUACGUAUGCUGAGCUAAAGAAGCAGGUGAACAGCGCGUUCGCCGACCUCAUGAAACAUAAUAGGCGUGCUUAGGAAGCAACGCAACGGAGCAUACUGACUUCUUCCACUGGCUGGGGCAGAAGUGGUGGGUGGCCGCCGCCUCCUGGGCCGCUGGGAGCUGUAGAUCAUCACCCGGGCGGCUUCAACAGCACCAAUUGGGCCGGCCCACCCCCACCGCCUCCCGACAACCGGACGCCCCAGUGGCCGAUGUCUUCGUUUGCAGGAUCCAAUCAAUCUUAUUAUGGAGAUACAAUGACGAUGGUGCAAGGCAAUUAUCCAAAUACAAGUGCUCAAGUCUAUCAUCCUCCAUUUCCUCCAUCACUAGUAGUAGGACCCCAUCGAAGAUUUCAGUCAAGGUCAUCGCCUCAGCAUGGCAACACAUAUCACAACAACGACAACAACAUCAACAAUGACAGCCAUCGACAAGGCUCUCCUACAACGUCAGAUCCAAUUGGCACCACAAUCUAUCAACAACAGUCACCUUCGACGUUAGACUCAGUCCGAGGAGUCGACACAGGCUCUAACCUUAACCCUAAGAGGAGGUGGAAAAAACGUGGUGGUAGAGGAAGAAGUUGUCAAGGUGGCUGAGGAUUUGGUACCACAUAAACUUUGUCAUGGGGGCAGAAACAAAACUGCAGUUGGUCAGGAUCUACAUCCAAAGUGAAGAGGAGAGAUGUCAUGGAUGGGGUUGGGUACAGCACACUCUCCACACUGCAGCACACUCUUCUCUUUUUGUCAUUCUCUCUUGCUUUUUUGCCCACCACAGAACAGAAUAACAAACAGAUCAGAUUAAGACAG